AUGACUCGGCUUGACGUGGAAAAAACCAUUGAGGAGCUCACAUUGGGGGAGAAGGUGGCCCUGACUGCCGGAAUCGACUUCUGGCAUACAGCCUCCGUCCCCCGUCUGAACAUCCCCACCCUGCGGAUGUCCGAUGGUCCCAAUGGUGUCCGCGGUACUCGGUUCUUCAACGGCGUGCCGGCUGCCUGCUUUCCCUGUGCCACCGCUCUGGGAGCGACCUGGGAUACGGAGCUGCUGCACGAGUGCGGACGGCUGAUGGGUGAAGAGUCCAUCGCCAAGGGAUCGCAUAUCAUCCUGGGCCCCACGAUCAACACGCAACGGUCCCCGCUAGGUGGACGUGGAUUCGAGUCAUUUGCCGAAGACGGCGUGCUGUCCGGUAACCUGGCCGGCUACAUGUCCAAGGGUAUCCAGGAGAAGGGCGUUGCGGCGACGUUGAAGCAUUUCGUCUGCAAUGAUCAGGAGCACGAGAGACUGGCAGUGGAUAGCAUCGUGACUAUGCGCGCCAUGCGCGAGAUCUAUCUGAUGCCAUUCCAGCUCGCCAUGCGCAUCUGUCCCACGGCUUGCGUCAUGACCGCGUACAACAAGGUCAACGGCACACAUGUCAGCGAGAACAAGCAGAUCAUCACCGACAUCCUCCGGAAGGAGUGGGGAUGGGAUGGACUUGUCAUGAGUGACUGGUUCGGAACCUACAGUACCUCCGAAGCCAUCAACGCCGGUCUGGAUCUCGAGAUGCCCGGAAAGACGCGCUGGCGGUCGACUCCUCUCGCGCACGCCGUGUCCUCCAACAAAGUCGCCGAGUUCGUCAUGGACGAGCGCGUCCGCAAUGUGCUCAACCUCGUCAACUUCGUCGAGCCCCUGGGCAUCCCCGAGAACUGCCCGGAGAAGGCGCUGAACCGCCCGCAGGAUCAGGCGCUCCUGCGCCGCGCCGCGGCCGAAUCCAUCGUGCUGAUGAAGAACGACGACAACAUCCUGCCGCUGAAGAAGGACAAGCCGAUCCUGGUCAUCGGGCCGAAUGCCAAAAUCGCCGCCUACUGCGGUGGAGGCUCCGCCUCCCUCGACCCCUACUACACCGUCACCCCGUUCGAGGGUGUCUCUGCCAAGAGCACCGGCGCGGUCACCUUCUCGCAGGGCGUGUACUCGCACAAGCAGCUGCCGGAGCUGGGCCCGCUCAUGAAGUCGGCCGACGGAAAGAAGGGCUUCUCCUUCCGCGUGUACAAGGAGCCCGUGUCGGCGCCUAGCCGCGAGCUCGUCGAUGAGCUGCACCUCGUGUCGUCCAGCGGCUUCCUCAUGGACUAUGUACACCCCAAGAUCGAUUCGCUGACCUUCUACGUCGACAUGGAGGGCUACUUCACGCCCGAGGAGGACGGCGUGUACGACUUUGGCGUUACCGUCGUCGGCACGGGCAAGCUGCUCAUCGACGGCGAGACCGUUGUCGACAACACCAAGAACCAGCGCCCCGGCUCCGCCUUCUUCGGCACCGCCACCGUCGAAGAGCAGGGCAGCAAGGAGCUCAAGGCCGGCCAGACCUACAAGGUCGUACUGGAGUUCGGCACCGCGCCCACCUCCGACCUUGACACCCGCGGCGUCGUCGUCUUCGGCCCCGGCGGCUUCCGCUUUGGCGCCAGCCGCCGCGUCAGCCAGGAGGAGCUCAUCGCCAAGGCCGCCGACGCCGCCGCGCAGGCCGAGCAGGUCGUCAUCUUCGCCGGACUGACCAGCGAGUGGGAGACCGAGGGCCACGACCGCGACCACAUGGACCUGCCGCCCGGCAGCGACGAGAUGAUCCAGCGCGUGCUGGCCGCCAACCCCAACACCGCCGUCGUCAUCCAGAGCGGCACCCCGGUCACCAUGCCGUGGGCCGCGCAGACCAAGGCGCUGGUGCAGGCCUGGUUCGGCGGCAACGAGUGCGGCAACGGCAUUGCCGACGUGCUGUACGGCGACGUCAACCCCGCCGGCAAGCUGCCGCUCAGCUUCCCCGUGCGCCUGCAGGACAACCCCAGCUACCUCAACUUCCGCUCCGAGCGCGGCCGCGUCCUCUACGGCGAGGACGUCUACGUCGGCUACCGCUACUACGAGAAGGUCAACCUGGCCCCGCUGUUCCCCUUCGGCCACGGCCUGUCCUAUACCACCUUCGAGCGCUCCGACCUGACGCUCGCCACCGUCCCGGAGAAGCCCCAGUACGAGACCGCCGGCGAGCCCAUCACCGCCUCCGUCACCGUCACCAACACCGGGCCCGUCGCUGGCGCCGAGGUCGUACAGCUGUGGGUGCGCCCGCCGCCGACGGGCGUUAACCGCCCCGUGCGCGAGCUGAAGGGCUUCGCCAAGGUGAUGCUCAACCCGGGCGAGCAGAAGCGCGUCGACAUUGUCGUCGAGAAGAAGCUGGCCACCAGCUGGUGGGACGAGCAGCGCGAGAUGUGGGCGUCCGAGAAGGGCCAGUACGAGGUGCAGGUGACGGGCACGGGCGCGGACGUUCUGACGUCGUCGUUUGCCGUCGAGAAGACCCGCUUCUGGCUUGGCCUGUAG